AUGGGCCUAGGCGUCCGAUCCCGGCGCUAUGCGUUGCUGGCAGAAGAUGGGGUUGUCAAAGUGCUCAACUUGGAGGAUGGAGGUCUUGCUAGUUCUGUUGAGUACAUUCCAAAUGCAAGAGUUCCUCUGCUUAAAUACAUUAGCAGGCAGCAUAAUAUUUCUUUUGAUGUCUUCGUUAAUAAUCAUCUUGGUGUAAUGAAGUCCAACGUUCUUAAAUGGCUAUCUGAAAUAGAUGACUGUUUCCGUGACAUGGUUUUAGUGCUGAAGGAGUGGGCUAAAGCACAAGAUAUUAGUGAUCCAAAGUCUAGGAGUUUAAGUUCCUAUGCCCUUUGUUUGUUGGUUAUCUUCCAUUUUCAGACCUGCGAACCACCAAUUUUCCCACCACUGCGAGCAAUAAUUAAUGAAGAAAGAAUUUUUAAUCGAGGAUGGAGUAACUUCUCUGGGACUCCUUUUGAGGAUGUGUGUUCCACAAAUAUACAGAGGUUCAGAUCUAGCAGAAUCAUAAACCAAAGCUCUCUUGCUCAACUUUUUCUGUCCUUUUUCGACAAGUUUUCAGAUAUUAGAACUUCUGGUUCAGAUUAUAGCAUCUCGACAUAUGAAGGACGACAAAAAAGCCAUCGUUUUUGUAGAUCGCUGCCCCUGAUUAUAGAGGAUCCUUUCGAGCGAAUGGAAAAUGCUGCUAGAACAGUCCGCUGGGUUGAACUACCUAAGAUAUCAAAUGCAUUUCAGAAUGCGCACAAUAAGCUUUCGUCUGGUUCGGUGCUCUCUGAUCAUGACUCCUUGCUCUCUUUUGACUAGGCCUUUCCUUGCUUCUAAGUUUCGCGAGCAACA